UUUAUACAUAUACAUUAGUCGAACAAAGCAAAAGCAGUCAAGCAAUUGUGAAAAAUUAAGUCAUAAGUAAAGGCUGCAGAAAGUGAAUUGUGGAAAUUGCGUAUCAAUUAGAAAUAAUUUCAAUCUGAAAAACUUGUUUAUUUUGUGAUAUUUAUUAUAGAAAAGAAACAUCCAAAACAUGUCGUAUGCUUAUUUAUUCAAAUACAUAAUUAUUGGUGAUACGGGUGUCGGAAAAUCAUGCCUGCUUUUGCAGUUUACUGAUAAACGUUUCCAACCCGUGCAUGAUUUAACUAUUGGCGUAGAAUUCGGUGCUCGUAUGAUAACCAUUGAGGGUAAACAAAUAAAAUUACAGAUAUGGGACACCGCUGGACAGGAAGCAUUUAGGUCAAUUACGAGAUCCUAUUACCGUGGAGCAGCAGGAGCUUUACUAGUUUACGAUAUCACUCGUCGAGAAACGUUUAAUCAUUUAACUACAUGGCUGGAAGAUGCUCGUCAACAUUCAAAUUCAAAUAUGGUGAUUAUGCUUAUUGGCAAUAAGAGUGAUUUAGAUUCUCGACGUGAAGUGAAAAAAGAGGAAGGAGAUGCUUUUGCACGUGAGCAUGGUCUUAUAUUUAUGGAGACUUCAGCACGUACAGCAGCCAAUGUAGAAGAGGCGUUCAUAAACACUGCAAAGGAAAUUUACGAUAAAAUACAAGAAGGCGUAUUUGAUAUAAAUAAUGAGGCGAAUGGUAUCAAAAUCGGACAACAGCAUUCCCCAACAAAUCCAUCACUGCCUGGUUCUGGUAACCAAGCUGGAGCAGCUGGUAGUGGUUGUUGUUAAAAAAUAGUUGUCUGUGGUUGCAUUAGUUACUAUUUCUUAUCCAUUUAACUAACAACCUUUGAUUUUAUACCUUAAGUAAAGCAAGCUGAAAAACUAGAAUUUCACACUUGUUUUUUCUAGUAACUUAUUAAAGUAUACAUAUUAUAUAUAUGUGUAUACCAUAAAGAAAUUAAAGACGUAAAUAAUUCGGAAAUCUAAAUACGAAUUAAAAAUCAAAAUAAAUUUACUGCGUAAUGGAAACUUAACCAAAUAACGAAAAUAACUUCAAAGAUAAUUGUACAAGAGUUUUAAUAAAUUGUAUUAUUUAAAAA